AUGGCAUCAGCAGCACACGCUAUACCUUCGCGGAACCUAAUGGCCUCGUCGCAGGCCGCAGCGCAGGAGCUAUGGCGCACACUCGAAGCGGCACUGCACGCAUCGGCGACGCCCGACGCGCCACACCCGCUGCUUCCCCCGCUGCGCGCCCUGCACGCCGCGCGCCAGCGCCUCGGGGACAUUCUCGACCCGCACGCCGCGGCGCUCGCCGACGCGCUGCAGCGGCUGUCCAAUGACGCCGCCGCCGCGGCCGAGGGCUGGCCUUUGGCGCUCGAGCUGCUGUCUCGAUGGUGCGCCGCGCCGCCCGUGGCGCGCCUGGCCGGUCCCUCCGGGCCUCAAGGCACUCAGGCUGCGGCGCAGCGCCAGGAAGUGCUCGCGGCAGCCACCGGCGAGGUCCUGCGAUCGCUGGUUCGACGGCGGUGCCCGCCGGCCGCUGUCGGUCCAAGCGUCGCCUUCCUGGGCGCCGCCGCGGCUGCCUCUGGCAGCGGCGGCGCCGCGCUGGUGGCAGAGGCGUCGAAGGCGGCCGCCGGCGCGCUGGUCGGCCUGGGGCCGCGGCUGCUGGACGCCGCCGUGCUGCCCACCGUCCUGGCCGGCGCCGCGCAGCUGAUGGAGGUGGCGGAGGCCUUGCUGUCGGCGCCCUGCCCGCCGCCGCGCGGUCCCCGUCGCACCCGCUCGCCGCGGCGUGCAUGCAAGCGCUCGGCGCGGUGA